AAACUUCUCACCCCCUGCAAAAAAGCAGCCAAAUCCAACACGACGUGGCACUUGUAAGAAUAUUAACUAGGCGGGAGAAAGCCCACCCACGCAUUUCCCACGGGCACCGGGGUGGAUGGGAAAGCUGAGAUCUUCCCCUUUUGUUUGUUUUUCUUCUCAUUCUACUGCAAUUAUUUCCAGCAUUUCUCUGUGUUUUGUGCAGAGAGCUAGCAUUAUAUUCCUCUUCUUGAAUUUCACAAAUGUAAGUGGGGUUAAGUUUGACCCUCCAAUCCAGCUCCCAGGUUCAAGAACGUCUCAGUAUGUUUCGAACUCCAGCACUGUACUCUACAUUCAUGAUUUUGGGGCCAGAGGAAAUGGGAUGAGUGAUGACACUAAGGCUUUUCAAAAGGCAUGGAAGAUAGCAUGUUCUUUGUCAUCUGAAGCAAAAAUUGUAGUCCCUGCUGGAAAAAAGUUUCUGGUUCGACCAAUUGAUUUUUCCGGGCCUUGCAGAUCAGGUUUGACUUUAUGGAUUUCUUGUACGAUUGUAGCACCCAGGGAUCCGGAUGUUUGGGACGGCUUGGAUCCUAAUAAGUGGCUUUACUUUCAUGGGGUGAAUUACCUCACAGUGGAAGGUGGAGGGACGGUUGAUGGGAGUGGCAAGGAAUGGUGGGCUCGAUCUUGCAAGAUUAAUCACACAAAUCCCUGUCGACGUGCUCCAAAGGCCAUAACAUUCCACAGAUGCAAGAAUUUGAUCGUGAGGAACAUUAUGUCAAUUAACAGUCAGCAGAUGCACAUGGCAUUUACUGGUUCUAAACAGAUUGUGGUAUCCUAUCUCAGAAUCUCUGCGCCUGCACAUAGCCCCAAUACAGAUGGAAUUCACAUUAGUGCAUCAAAGAAUGUUGAAGUUAAGGAUUGCAUUAUAAGAACAGGAGAUGACUGCAUAUCCAUUGUCAGCAAUUCUUCAAAAAUUCUUGUUGAAGGGAUUACCUGUGGACCCGGGCAUGGUAUAAGUAUUGGAAGCUUGGGGAAAUCAAAUUCACGGGACCAAGUGCAUGACGUCAAAGUUAAUGGAGCAAAUCUGACGAAUACUGAGAAUGGUGUAAGGAUCAAAACAUGGCAGGGAGGCAGUGGUUUUGCAAGUGGGAUUACUUUUCAGAAUGUGUGGAUGGAAAAUGUUUCGAAUCCUAUCAUAAUAAAUCAAUACUACUGCGACUCUUUUGUGCCCUGUGCAAAUCAGACUUCAGCGGUUAGCAUCAACAAGAUAUCAUUUGUUGGUAUAAAAGGAACUUCAGCGACGGAGACAGCAGUAUCAUUUGCAUGUAGUGACAGCUCUCCAUGUAGAAUGUUAUAUCUUGAAGAUGUCCAACUCACUUCAUACACUGGUGAAAUAACUACAUCAUUUUGCUGGCAAGCUUAUGGCUCGAGCUCAGGUCUUGUAUAUCCCCCUUCUUGCUUGUUAUCUUCCUGCAAUAAUCGCAUCAUUCAGCAGCAGGCUGAGUCUGGCUCAAUCCAGUCCAUCUGAGGAUGUUUACCAUUCUCCAAACGUAAAGUUUGGGGAUGGAGCCAGUAUUAUAGUAUGUUGGUUCACUUAAUGCCGCUUAAAGGAGUGCCAUAACAUGUCUUUUAGUACAAUAUAAUCAGAUGUCUAAAGCCGGAAGAAGAUGAAGUCAGUUUACAAAUGCCAAUAGGUUUUAGAAUUGCCUUCCAAAUGCGCGUGUAUUCUUUUCAUACAGAAAGACCCUUUAUUCAUCAAUGCACUCUAUACAUCGUAAAUGCAUUUUAUAGAAUUUUUGUA